AUGUCCCUGAGCUUCAAAUAUAAAGCAUCUCUGUGCCGUGUGUAUCAUCAGUCACUCAUCAGGCAUCAGCUGGUAAACAACUCGACAAAACACAAAACAUUCAACAUGUUCAAGAUCCUUGCUCUAAUCGCCUGUCUGGCUAUCGUUGCCUCUGCCCAAUACCAUGGUGAACCCGAGCACAAGGAACACCAUGCAUAUCCGAAGUACAAGUUCGAGUAUGGUGUCAAGGAUCCCCAUACCGGUGACCACAAGAGCCAGUGGGAAGUUCGUGAUGGCGAUGUUGUCAAGGGAGCCUACACUCUGCAUGAAGCUGAUGGAACCGAGCGUGUGGUCGAGUACAAGUCGGACGGUCACAACGGAUUCGAGGCUGACGUAAAGAAGGUCGGUCAUGCUCAUCAUCCGCACCAUGGAUAUUCCGGUGCCAGCUACGUCAAUGUUGACAAGCACUACUGA